AUGGCAGAUCACAUCGCGUACUCGCAUUCACCGCGAGUUCGCGAGCGGGAUCCCGUGACGCCAGUUCACUCCGCACACCACUCCGUAAACAGCUCCAUUUCUUCUCGCACUCCUCUCCACACUCUCACACUCCACGAAUAUCGCAAACAACAAAACUCGCCCGCAUCCCAAUUCGCAACGCCGCCUGGCAAGACUCUCCGGAGGAAGGCCGCGGCACCUGCGCUGAACGAGGUCGAGCGUGUCUCGUCGAUAUCUCGUACGCCGCUUUCUGCCUCUCGUCCAAUUCCUCGUCCUUUAUCUUUGUCUCGCUCAGCCCACCAGCUGAGUUACCAACCCCUCCCUCCGUCUCCUCCGCACGCCACCCAACAGCACCCGCUGCCUGACCCAAGCCUUCGAUCGCAGUCCGCCGAGCCACAUAGGCAAGGCGGUAUUGCUUCAGGAGAUCUCUUUUGCAGCUCUUCUGAAAGGGUACGUACCUUCAAGUCUAUCAAAAAACUACCAAAGCCGCCCGCCGCCAACGGGAUCACCGGCUUUGGUCUCCCCCCUCCCCCUCUUGCACCUGUGACUUCAACGCAUCCGCGUCUCUCGCCUCUUCGAACGACCUCGUUCCCUUCGGCGGAAAAUUCAGAUUCGAACGGUACGCAAACUACGCCGUCGACUUUUUCACUCUCCCGAUUUCCGCAGCCGCCGCACUUAGUCGACCCCUCGCUUUCACCUCCAAACGACGAAAAUGAGCAUCCGCGCCUGAACGCGGUUAGUUUCACAACAACAGCGCCUGCGACGCCGCCCGCAACGCCAGCCAUCUAUCAUUACCGCGGCACAUCUUUUGACUUGCUCAACCCGCAUGAGUCGCUAGCGUUCCAUGACAUCGUAACGCCAUCGCGAGAUCUCGACUCCAGCGAUUAUCUGCCAUUGCGGUCAUCCGAGAGCCCCCUUGGCUUCUCAGAGAUGGCGCCAAAACGGGCUCUCUACGGAGACUUGUCUUCCGCCUAUCAAAACAUCACCUCUCGGCGAACUGACGACCCACCCGCUACUCCUAACUUGGACCUUCCCGUCCCGCCCAUUCCGGUCGCCCGGAGCCCCGGGUCGUCUCAAUAUACAUCUCCGUUGUAUAGCCCCGACUCCGACUACGCCGUUUCACCACUGUCGGUCAGGAAGCCCGGCUCCGAAUCGCGUUUCUCUCUCAAGCAGCUCACCCGGUCACUCACCAAGAAGCUCGGUAAAACUCCGGAGAAGGUCGAGGAGCAAGAGCUGCAAGACUUCUCAGAGUCUCGCGUCAGUAUAGCAUCAGCGAGCUUCGACGGGGAGUAUCCACGCCCCCUUAAGCAGAGUUAUCCCGCGGUGACGCCGAAGUCUCCAUCCUUCUCGGGCGAGCUGCCCACGUCACAUUCCCCAGUGUCACCGCUAGGACAGACCGCGGGAUGGCGAGAUUCAGACGUGUCGGUCGAGUAUGACCAGUUCACAAGUCACCAAUACGACUCCGCGCCGCUCACAUCGAUGGUUCCGGAUGAUCCAUCCAGCCAACUUGCACGAGGCGAAGAGUCAGAACUCCAUCCCUCGCUGUCAGGUAGCGAUAUGUUGACGAAGCCCUACUAUGAUGAUCUACAGUCUAUCUAUCCGUCAUCAUCAGUUUACACGGGCGACGGCCAGGCGCAAUCGAACUAUGCGCCGAGUCUCUCUAGCACAAGGCAGAGCAAUCCGUACAUGCGCUACAGUGGCGGAGCAGAUGCGCUCGCCAAGGAUUAUCAACAGGGUGGACCAUAUGCGCAUUCGAAUUCUCGCCGUACUAGCCGCCGAACUUCAAGGCCUCUGACCCAAGACAUCUUCCGACGUUCUAUUGCACAGCAGGGAAAUGAGAAGACUGAUACAAUCAGCAAAUUCAUUGAUCAUUACGGCGAAGGCGAUGGCACUAACACAUCGAUGCCAACGCUCAAUGAACAUAGAACGAGCGACAAUGACCUCCGCACGUCCGCUUCUGGUGCUUUUGAGGAUGCCGUAGGUCUUGAGCGACCUCAGCCCGCUAGGAUUACUUCCGGGCUUAGUCAAUUCGAGUUCAAUAUUCCUCAAGACAACGACGACCCGCUGAUUCAACCUGGCUUUGCCAGGAAACCGGCUAUUGCAUACAGUCCAGCGGGCUCGCCUCCUCCGGUGGCGGCUCCAUUGGCGCCUGCCUUCGAAUACGACGAGUUUUUCCAGGCACAGCAGCGGCCUGAGCAAUCCGGGAUGUUUUCUGGAGCCUCUUCAUACGGAGACACCCGCCAACUGCUCCAGUUGUCCCAGCCGAUGGUUGCCGAAGCUGUGGACCCGGAGGCCCUAGGUCCUCCCUCUCCUGGACGAGCGCUUGAGCCCUCUUCCUCCUACUCUCAGCCAGACGCGCAACCCAGUCCACACACGCCACAAGAGGCGCUCGAUCAAGCAGAACAAAUUUUCGAGAGUGCUAGGGCUGAGCGGAAAGAGGAAGCAGGUAUCCCAGCCAUGUGGGCUAGACGAAGCUCCGGGAACCUGCUCCGCAGCAAACAAUUUGUCGACAACGAUGCUGAUGCUCGCGAUGACUAUCACCAGCGUGUACCUUCCUUCGCGGUGGAUGAUGCAGUAGACAACAACGGUGACUGGGAGACCGAGAAUGGCAGUCUGCAGCACCAGCGAGUAGAUCCCCGAGAGGACAUCGGCGACUGGGAGACCGAGAAUGGCAGUCAGAUCGGACGGCCGUCCGCCGAUAUGCGGGAUAGCAUUGCCGAUUACAGCAGUUCAGAGGGCAGCGGGUCCAGUCUAGGGUUCUCAAGGUCCCUACCGAGGGUGGAGCAACCCGUGGAGAGUGGUUCCUCCUACUACAAUUACCCGAGCCCCCUCCCUGCUCACAAUCAUCCGUUCAGCUCGUCCCCGCCACCAAUGACGCGGGUCAGUGCCCGUUCCGCACCGGAUGAAGCUCCCCCAAGCUCACCCGUGUCGUCUCCUCCAGUCUCAUGGACCAUGCCUGCGUUUCGUGGCGGAUAUGGUAACAUUGAUGCUGCGGCUUCUCCCACGCAGCCCUUUGGCUUUGCACCCUGGACGGAUCCUUUUCCCCUGAGCAACAAAGAGACGCAGGAGCUGCUGGCUUCUGGCCCUAACGAGGAGAUUCUCUAUGAGAGCCCUGGUCAUGAAGAUGCUCAGCCAUAUCCGCGACAUGGCGAUCAGGACCUUCGUGCGGGGCAUCCGAGCCCAUACCUGGAGCGAGAAAACACUUUCGACAAGUUCUCCGUUGUUGGUCCCAAGGGAAACCUUACUGGUACUCCUCAGGGGACCGGAAUGCACGAAGUGGGCUCCAGCAUCGCCGAUAAUAGUAGUCCAGGUGCGGUUCUUCGGUCUAGCCCUUCCGAUCGCACCAAGCGGCAAGGCUACCCAGCGCAUUAUCAAACGCCUAGUAAACCAGCCACCGUUCAUCGUGGCGUCCCUAGCUUCCUCGGAAACCCGCGUGAGACACCUAACGUGAACCAAUGCGUCUCUAACUUCUACGUCACACCGGAUCGUCGGGCCAGCGUCACUCGAAUCAAGCCACGAGUGAUCAUACCAGAACCGGAGCACGAGAGGACCCCAUCACAGGUCACCCUAUUUCCGCGCGUCAUUCCGGAGGAGGAUUUCAGUGAAGACAGUCGUCGCUCUAGUCGGUCCUUUAGCUCGCUUCGACGUCCUAGUCGCCAUAGUCGCUCAGCCGUACCCGGACAGACGAAAUUGCGACAUAUGGUGCUUGCCCCCGAUGCGCGUACCUUAUCAUCGGAGGAUAGCACACAGAUUUCUCGGAUAAUCCGAACUGCGGACAGCGAGCGACCAUCUUCUAGCAAUACGCACACGCCGCUGAGGGCCCAUAUUAGCGAGUCCACCAUGAGAUCGGAUAUCGCCAAUGAGUACUCGCCGCAUCUGCUUUGCCCCGAGCGUGCCAUGGACCCCGAGGAGGAGGAGCAGCGACGCAAGUUGUCAUGGGUCAUCUUCGCCAUCUUCUGCAUCCUUCCGCCCAUGCUCAUCCUAUAUCGCUCGAUGGCGGACUUUGUCAUCGUCAAUGUGACUAAAGGCCGCAUUCUGCAUGCCGCAGCCAAGCCAAAGAGGAUCGCUCUCGGCGUUGGCAUUGUUAUCAAUGUUGGUCUUAGUGGUGCGAUCUUGAUCCCCAUUCUGAUCGCACAUGCAACUGGCGCCUUGUGA